GUUUUGUUUGAGGAUGAGGUCAUGGAGGUCAAGGAGACGUUAAGCUACGUCUGAGCGUGUAACAGAGUGCGACUGCGUGACGUAACCCUGGGGUGGAGCUUGUGGUGACCGUUGAAGUGAUUGACGGGAAGGGCAUAGGCUUCUGCCAAGCUCAUGGAAGAGAAAUUGGCAUCAGAUUUUGCAGUUCAAGAAUGACCUUAAACAAUAUCAACCGGGCAGCUGUGGAUCGAAUAAUCCGGGUGGAUCACGCCGGUGAAUAUGGAGCAAACCGCAUCUAUGCAGGGCAGAUGGUGGUGCUGGGUCGGACCAACAUGGGGCCUGUCAUUCAGAAAAUGUGGGAUCAAGAGAAGGACCAUUUGAAAAAGUUCAACGAAUUGAUGGUAGCGCUCAGGGUCCGGCCAACAGUUCUGAUGCCCCUGUGGAACGUGGCGGGCUUUGCACUGGGGGUGGGAACCGCCUUGCUGGGGAAGGAGGGCGCUAUGGCCUGCACAGUGGCUGUGGAAGAGUCCAUCGCUCAUCACUACAACAACCAGAUCCGCACGCUGAUGGAAGAGGAUCCUGGGAAGUAUGAGGAGCUGCUUCAGGUCAUCAAGAAAUUCCGGGAUGAUGAACUUGAGCACCAUGACACAGGCCUGGACCACGGCGCAGAGUUGGCCCCUGCAUAUGCUUUGUUGAAGAGGGCUAUCCAGGCUGGAUGCAGUGCCGCAAUAUAUUUAUCAGAAAGGUUUUAAAGUGUGUCUCCUGACCCAUGUCUAGAAAGAUGGUAGUCAUUUAACAAGUUACUUUUGCAUAGAAGGAAUUGUACAAUUAUCAUUGUCCGAAUUUUGUUAAUAAACAAGUUUGUUGUGGUUUUUUUUUUUUUUCACUAAUAAAACUCUCCAGUACUGGUCUCCCCAUUGUCUUGUGCUAUAAGGCUGCCAGUUCACCAGGGCUGCUCACCUCACAGGCUGCCGGUUCACCAGGGCUGCUUGCCUCACAGGCUGCUGGUUCACCAGGGCUGCUCACUUCCCAGCAGAUGCAGCUGGUUAGGAUGUGGUCUCAUAGUUAAAGUUGGCCUAAGACAUCAAGAAUAAACAAUUCAUUAGUAAGCAGGAAUAUUUUUAAGAUUUAUUUAUGCUUAUGUGUGUGUCUCUGUGUAUAUGUAAUGGGGGGGGCUGCUUACAGAGGCCAGAAGAGGGAUCAGAUCCCCUAAAGCUGGAGUUACUGGCAGUUGCAGUUGUGAGCCACCUGAUGUGGGUGCUGGGAACUCCAGUCCUCUGGAAGAGCAGCAAGUUCUCUUAACUACUGAGACAUUCAGCCAUAGUGGGAACUUUAAGAGGAACGAAAUUGGGUUUGCAGGUAACAAAGGUAGUUUAAACAUGAGGAUAUUUAAGAUGGGGUGAGCAGAUUGCGAAGUACAUCCAGGAAGUCAGGUUGUCACUGUACAUUUUGAAUCCCUCAUGACAGGAAAGGGCAAUGGUCUGAAUAGUUAUGUCUGAAAAGCCUCACUCAGAGGUGAUGGUAGCUGAAUCCUUCACCACAAAGGGGAUAGAGUGAGGGAGAGGAGGCCUUGGGAGGUGGUUAGAUGGAGGGGGCAGAGCCCUCAGGAGUAGGAUUAAUGCCUUUAUGAAAAUGGAGAGAGACCAUAGCCCCUUCUAUGCUGGGCUACGAGACCUGCUGUCUGGGGAGGCAGCCCUCAGUAGACACCAGUGUCCUCAGCCUUCAGUGGACGCUGGUGUUCUUAGCCUUCAGUAGAUGCUGCUCUCCUCAUCCCUCAGCAGACAUCUUGAUCUUCCACUUUGAAGCCUCCAGAACUGUGAGCUUGGAUUUUUGUUGUUUACAAGUGCCUCCCCCCAUCGACCAUAUUUUGUUAAUCCCAGCAUGCAUAGACCAAGAUGGAAGCAUUACCCACAUCCUCACGUUGGACAUGAUGAUACAAGCCUGGAGUCCCAGCACUUGGAAGCGGGAGCAUCUGUAGGCGCUCAAGUCACCCUCAGCUGCAAAUCAAGUUGGAGGACAGCCCGGCACACAUGACUUUUCUGUCUCAACAUCAACACACAAAAUUGUGAAUUAUUUGAAAAUUAAGCUAUAGUUAUUUCCUUAUG